UUUAAUAAAAGCGGGUUUUCACUAACUUACUGAAAAUCACAGCAAACAAGUGCAAAUUGGGCUGCUCAAUUUGGGCUCACACGUGUAAAUUUAAAGAACCAAAAAAUUUCUUAUUUUCUCUUUCUUCUUCUCUUUCCUGUUUCUCUUUCUCUGGGUUUUUUUUCUCUCUCCUCUUGUUCUCUUCUUCUCUUGCUUUUGGCGUUGCUACUUGAAUUUCUUUCUUUUCGAUCUUUAAUUUCUUCACUUUGAAGUUGAUUGUUGCUAUUUUCAGGUUUGUUUUCUCAAUUUUAUUUCAUUUUAUUCAAUUUUGAAGUGUUUCGAUUUUUAGGGUUUCGUUGUUUUGGAUUUUUGUAGUUUUUGCAAUGGUGAAGAAGAAGGUUUCUGGUGAUGAUAAUGUUGCUCUAGGAUCUAUCAAAGGUUUUCGUUAUAGUAGAGCUCAAAAAGCGGUAAAUAAAAUGGAUGCAGGAAGAAAAAAGAUGUUGAAAGGUGAAGGAAGUACAUCCAAGGUAAAUAAAAGGAAGAGGCAAGAAAAAGAGGAUGACGAGUAAGAUUUUAUGUUUUAGAAUAUUGUAUAUUUGCUAUACUUUUGUGAAUGGAAUUGUGACUUUUGUAAGAGUAUAGGUAACUUUGAUUAAUAGGACUGUUUUUAUGUGAUUUUUGUGUCUAUAUAUUAAGUGUUACUUUUGUGAGUAUAUCUUUCACUUUUGUAUUUAUCAAUGUCACUUUUGUGAGUGCAAGUAUCAUUUUGUGAAAAUUUUGAUAGUAAUCACUUUUUUGAAUAUUAUAUCCAUGCAAUGAGUGUCAUGACUCUCAUGAGUAUCAUUUUUUGUGAUUAUGAUUGUCACUUUUGUGAGAAUAAGUAUAAAAAUUUGUAUAAAUGUUCAUAAUUCAUGUUUAAUUUUAUAUGAUAACUAAAAUUUCAGUAUAUAAGUAUGUUAUUAUCAUUUUUGAAUGGUAAGCAUCUUUUUUUUGUUUUUUCAGGCCUGAUAGGAAAAUUACAUGUCGUUGUAGACCUUCUUCAUUAGUUAAGGUUAUAAGUGGGCUUUCUCCGACUCAAAAAAAAGAUGUAGAAGAGGUUGGAUUUGGUGGUUUGUUGUCUUUACGUGUGGAGAGUAUGGUUGGAGGUAUACUUCCUUGGCUUGUUGAGAGUUUUAAUGGAUAUACUUGUAUGUUUUGUGUAGCUGAUGGUAAGGAGUUUGUUGUGACUAAGCAUGAUGUGUGUGAUGUUUUUGGUUUGCCUAAGGUAGAAGGUCGUGAGGUUCCUGAAAUGAAGGGUAGUUACAAAGGUCAAUCUCAAGAUGAUAGUGCAUUGAAAAAUAAAAUGGAGAGCUUCUUUUGAUGUUGGUGUUAAGGAGUUGAUACCUUUGGCUAGAUUAGAAACUAGGAUCAAGGAGUUGGUGGAUGGAGGUGAUGAAUUUAAGAGGUUAUUUGUUAUGCAUGCUCUUAGUAGUAUGCUUGUUCCUACCGCUAAUAGGACUGUUAAUUUUAGGUUAGUUAAUGCUGUGGAUGAUGUUGAUCAGAUUAAAAAUCUUGAUUGGUGUUCAUUUGUUUUGAGAAAGUUGAUGAAUUCUGUUGUUAGUUACAAAAAUUCUGAGGCUAAAGAUAGUAUUAGUGGAUGUUUGUUUUUGCUUAAGAUUAUGUAUUUUCAUCGUUUGAAUUUCCAAGGUGUAGUAGAGAACUCCACUAUUCCUCUUAUUCAACACUGAACAGAUAAAAAAGUGAGGAACAGGGUGUCCUUGGAGUUGAAGGCUGGUGGAUUUGGUCAGGGGGUUUUGAAUGAAUUGACUUAUCCAGUUUCUGCUAAGUGUGUUGAUUUGAAUGUUAACAACUUAAGUAAGGGUGAAGGUUGUGCGGUUCCUAUUGAUAGAAGAUGUGUGACUUUCGAUUUGCCUUAAGGAGUAUUAACUGAUUCUGAGAUCAAAAGUGCUGCAACUGAUGUAUGUUUUUUUUUUCUUUAAUAAAACAUUUGUUCUUGGUCUCAUAUAAUUGUUUGUUAAUGUGUAGGAUUUGCAUGAAGCGUUUCUUUAUAUGAAAAGGAACAUGGAGUUGUUUUCAUCUGUGAAUUCCAAUUGUUUUAGUUCUUUGCAACGGUUGGUGCAUAGUCAUUUUGUUGAACAUUCUGUUUCUUUGGAUGCUGAUUCUAUUGAGUUGUCUCAAACACAACAGCUUUUAUCUAACCUGCAUUAUCAUAAGCUUAUUGAUGGCUUAAUUGAUGAGUUUAUAAAAAUGAAGUCAGUGGAUGAGUUACUUAAAGUUGAUGCAAGUACUUCAUCAAAGUCUACCCUACAAGGUGGUGGAGAUGGUGGUGGCGGAGAUGGUGGUGGCGGAGAUGGUUCAGUCAGAAGAACGAAUAAAAGUUUGUGUUCUUUGGACUGUGGUGAAAUUGGUGGUCAGAGUGUAGUGUUUGUUACGCCAUUUAUGAAAAGUAAUUCUCGUGCUUUUAGUGAAAAAUUACCUCGAUUAUAUUUAGAAGCUCUUGAUUAUUGUCUGGUGGAACACUUAUUUAAUAAUAAUGAGAAUCUUGUUACUUAUGGAUUGCAUUUUCUCAUUCCAAGAGAGGAUAUGGUGUCUUUGGUGCAUCCUAAUUUGGUUCGUUGGUCAGUAGUUGAUUGCUACUGCAUUUAUCUAAAUGAAUCAUGUUUUUAUGAUACUUGUGGUCCUAAAAGAUUCUUUUUUGGUGCGAGGCAAAGUGUAAGCAACUUUCUGUUUUGAGUUAUUUGUUUUCUUACUCUUUUCAAUUAUUUAUUUUUUCCUUUUAGUUUGCUUUUUUGCAAGUAUCAGAGGGGAACGAAGAUAGUUCUGCUAGUUCUGCUGUCUCGGAUUUGCAUGAAAUUUGGGAUGAAUGGGUUACAUAUGAAAAUUCUUGUUGUGAUGUUAUUGGUGCAGACUUGGUAUAUAUCUUAAUUUUUAAUAUAUAUUAACUGUGAUGGAUGUGCUUUAUGCUAACUUUUGUUCUAUUUUUUUUCAGGUUUAUUUUCCUAUUCUUGUUGAUGAACAUUAUGUGAUGUUUGUGAUUGAUCAUGGCAAUGAAUUGGUUCAUUAUGUUGAUAAUAUCAUUUGGAGUCAUGACAUGAUUACAUAUUUUCAAAAUUUGACUUUUUAUCUGGUAUGUUAUUGUCUAUUUUAAAGUAUGUUUCUAUAUUAAUCUUAUUUUUUUGUUGUUUUUAAUAUUCUGUUUUUUUUCAGUGUUCUGAAUUUGGUGAUUUUCUUGCACGAAGAAAUCAUCCAAAGAGUGAAAAAGUCCCUUUUUACAAGUUUAAAAUUGCUGAUUUAGUGUGGCGGAAGAGUAAGGUUGAUAAUAAUGAUUGUGGUGUGUAUAUGAUGUGUCAUAUAGAGCAUUUUGUUGGUGAUACAUCGUUUUCUGUAGAUGAACUUAGAACAGUGAGUGAUCUUGAAACUGAUCCGAAUUAAUUCAUUUGUUAUGUUUAUUCUAAUGUUUUAUACAUAUUAAUGCGCCUUUUAUUUUCUUGUUGUGAGGCUGCUGGGAGGAAAUUUUUACGUUCUAAGAUUUGUGAAAAACUCGUGUUGUCUGACAUGAACGAAUCAAGAUCUGAUGUCUUAGCAGAAGUUGAAAAAUUUAAUGAGAAGAAGAGCGAUCUUGCAUAUGUUGCUGA